AAAAUAAAAAAAAUUAAAAUUAAAAGUAAAAUAAUAAAAUAAUAAAUGUCAUCAGGCAUUGAAUAAUCUUAAAAUCCAAUCGAUUAAUCAAACUUUCAUGUAUGCGUUCGUAUAAAGCCAACAAACAACUUAUGUUAUGAAAACCAAGGUCACAUAGAAGGUUAAAAAUACAUACGAGCAGGUCAGGACAGUUCAAUAUUGUUAGUUUAACCACAUUCUACAUAAGGUGAUUAAGUAUUCAUCUAUGACGAAGUAUUUGAUUCUAAAACUUAAACAAUGUAAAUAUUUAAUUAAGCAGUACUUCCUACAUUAGAAGAUUCUUUAUUUAAAGGAUUUAGUCAUACUAUAUUAGUAUAUGGAAUGACCGGAUCAGGCAAAACAUUUACUAUGUUCGGUGAUAAUUUCGAGGAGAGUAUGCUUAUAUAGGAUAAUUCUAAUAAUAAAAGCAUUUAUGAAAGUAAUACAUAAUAAUAAGAUGCAUAACCUUAAUAUACAGGAAACGAAGGCGGGAUAGUAUUUUAGACUGUAAAAUAUGUACUAAAUUAGAAAAAAAAACAAGAAUAAAAAUGA